CCAGGCCGUAAUCUCGGCCCAUAUUUUUAUUAAAUGAAUACUUUUAAUUCCCGUACCUUAUUAAUUGUUAUCCAUUACGCUCCACGCAUUUUGUUCAUGGCUUAGCUCAGUCGGGCCGUCAAUUCCUCAUGGCCCCCUUGAACGAUUCCCUGCACCUGCGGAUUUUCCUUCAAUGAACCCCAAAUCUGACCCGCAGGGAUGUUCCGCCGUAUUCUUUAGAUACCAUGAGAACCAGCCAUCCUCCGCAAGCAGUCUCGUUCAGGAUCUUUUGGCCUCUGAUGGUUCUUCAACGCCUUCCUUUCCUCACCACUUCCCUCCAUCACCCAACACGCCAUGUCCUCAUUACCGCCUACGGGCGUCAAUCUCAAUGAUGAUCAGCGUCCAGCGCUCCGUGCAUUAUUGAUCGUUAUGCUGAUUACGCCGAUAUUUGCUGUUAUCCUACGAUUUUGGUCCAGAGCGAUGUUACCUGGGUUUUCGAGUACACCCGUUAGAUUUUGGUGGGAUGAUUGGACUGCUCUUCUAGCUGCGGUUUAUGAUCAAUGUAGUAAUGUGUGGGAUCGGCCUUAAACUGGCUGACCUAGGAGUAGGGCAGCAUGUUCAGGUGGCACCGGAGAAUUUCCCGCUGAUCAUGAAGCUGCUUUGGGUGGAAUACUUCAUUUUCGACACAGGCACAUCUAUCGCCAGAGCCUCUGCGCUUCUGUUUUACUCUCGAGUCUUCGAUCAGAUUCAAUCGCGAUUCCGAUAUGCCCUGUGGUUGGUUCAUGCCAUGAACAUCGCCUGGAUGAUCGGCAUGCACGUCGUUGUCGCGCUACAGUGCACUCCUACAGAGAAAGUCUGGAAUCGACUUCUUCCAGGGCGAUGUAUCGACGUUCGCACCUUGUUCCUAGGCAGUGGUAUUCCCAGUCUGAUAAUUAACGUCAUGAUCUUGGUUCUCCCACUGCCUUUACUUUGGAGACUGCAAAUGAAGAUUAUCCGAAAACUGCUGAUUAUCGGGGUCUUUCUCUGCGGUUACUUGGUUGUCGUGGUAUCGAUCGGGCGAUUAGUCGCAAUUAUCGAGGUUGGGAAGAAUCUUGAGAGCGACUUUACUUGGGAGUUCGUGCAACCCGUCUACUGGCUACUUUCUGAAAUCGCCAUCUCCGUCGUCAGCGUGUGCCUACCCAGCAUCUUCGUUUUCAGUCGGCGCAUACAUCACGAAGGAUUCCGGUCCGUAAUGGGCCAAAGCUUUCCACCGCACCCAAAAUCGAGGAUCGGGGACUCAGAUAUCGGACGAUCAUACUUUAGUCGAAUGGGUCGAGAUGAAGAGACGGAACUAGACACCAAAUCUUUGGAUCGGCCGCAAAAGUGCUCGUUCACUACGACAUCCGCCGAAAGCACGGUUUCUGCUCACAGGGCGUCACCACAACUGCCGUUGCCUGGAGAAAACUUCCUUCAACCACCCAAUAUGGGGAUUGUGGUGCGGAGUGAUAUUACGAUAUCCUAG